AUGCUAGGUCUUUCUCUCGCCCUGGCUGCCUGCGUGGCUGUCACGCAGGCUCUACCAGGCUACCCUGUGGCGCGCGAUACCUCGGGCACCUGUUCUGGCGUGCAUGCGCGCGUGUCGCCCCCCGCAGGAGCAGUGGUGGUGGACAACAGCGCGAACCCUCAUCCGGGAUCGUAUGCGACUGUGCAGGCCGGUGUCAAUGCGCUCAACACCACCACGACCCAUCCCCAAGAACUUUUCAUCUUCCCUGGCACCUACACCGAGCAGGUCUACAUUCCCCGCCUCCAGUCCAACCUGACCGUGCAGGGGUACACCUGCAACGCCAAAAGCUACGAGCACAACAAGGCCACCAUCACAUACAACCUGGCCCUGAUCAACACCACCAGCGACGAUCUGACCGCCACUCUGCGCCAAUGGAACCCCAACACCAAGAUCUACAACCUCAACAUCGUCAACACGUUCGGCCACAUCCCCAAGAACGGGCAGAACCUGGCGGUCUCGGCCGAGGCGGACGGCCAGGCAUACUAUGGCUGUCAGCUGAUCGGAUACCAGGACACGCUGCUGGCCGAGACGGGCCGCCAGCUGUACGCCAAAACCCUCAUCGUCGGCGCGGUGGACUUUAUCUUCGGGCAGAAGGCGCUGGCCUGGCUCGAGAGCAUCGACAUCCGCACGAUUGCCAAUGGCUGCAUCACCGCGUCCGGCCGCGACAGCGACAGCGACGCCAACCCUUCCUGGUACGUGAUCAGCCGGUCCACCGUCUCCGCCAUCAACGACACCAUUCCCGCGGGGAUCAGCUACCUCGGCCGUCCGUGGCGGGACUAUGCUCGUGUCGUCUUCCAGGAAACCUACCUGGGGAACAACAUCGCCGCUGCUGGCUGGUCCACGUGGUCCACGAGCACCCCGAACACGGACCAUGUCACCUUUGCCGAGUAUGAGAACUACGGACCGGGCUCGGUGUCGCAGGAGGGGCCGCGCGCCAACUUCAGCCAGCAGCUGACUGCGCCGAUCUCUGUCCGGUCGAUUCUGGGAGAGACCUUUGAGGAUGAGUGGUGGGUUGACACAGACUAUCUGCAUCCCAGCGACCUCAACAAGGAUAAGUCCAAGACUUCUGCCUCGGCCUCUGUUCCCACCACCUCAGCAGCUACCACGGUAUCAACGACAACAGCCUCCCCCUGCACCUGCACCUCCUACUCCCAGAUCCCCUCCGCCGUGGCCUCCUGCACAAACAUCGUCCUCUCCAACAUCGCCGCCCCCAGCGGCUCCGCCAUCGACCUCUCCGCCCUUCUUCCCGGCACAACCGUCACCUUCGACGGCACCACCACCUUCGGCUUCACCAACUCCUCCUCCUUCGACCCCAUCACCAUCUCCGGCUCCAACAUCACCAUCACCGCCAACCCGGGCGCCGUCAUCGACGGCAACGGCCCCGCCUACUGGGACGGCCUCGGCUCCAACGGCGGCGUCCCGAAACCGAACCACUUCAUCGUCGUCAAGAAGGUCACCGGCCACUCGGCCAUCCGCAACCUGAACAUCCGCAACUGGCCCGUCCACCUGUUCUACAUCUCCAGCUGCUCGGACCUGCUGUUCGAGGACCUGCUGCUGAACAACACCGCCGGCGAUGCGCCGAAUGCGCGCAGCGGGGCGCUGGCCGCCGCACAUAACUCGGACGGGUUUGACGUGAGCUCGUCGAGCAAUAUCGUGAUCCGCCGGAGCGCGGUGUACAACCAGGACGACUGCGUCGCCAUCACGAGCGGCGACAACAUGACCGUGUCGGAGCUGGAGUGCCACGGUGGCCACGGGCUGAGUAUCGGGUCUGUGGGGGGGAAGAGUAACAACAACGUGACCAAUAUCCUGUUCACCGACUCCGCGGUCUACGACUCGGAAAAUGGCUGCCGCAUCAAGUCCAACUACAACACCACCGGCUACAUCGCCAACAUCACCUACUCCAACAUCCGCAUCCGCGCCGCCUCGAUCUACGGCAUCGACAUCCAGCAGGAUUACCUCAAUGGGGGUCCGACGGGGAGCCCCUCCAACGGCGUCCUGAUCGAGAACGUGAGCUUCCGGAAUGUCUCCGGCACGGCGACUUCGGCUGCCCGCGACUACUACGUUCUCUGCGGGGAUGGGUCGUGUCGGGAUUUCGUUUUUGAGAAUGUGGAUAUCGCUGGGGGUGGUGUUGGCAGCAGCUGCAAUUAUCCCGCAAGUGGAUGUCCGUAG